AUGAAUGUUUUGGCAAGUUGCUGUGGCCCUUGUUUUGGCUGGGAGACGCUUGUUGAGGAGCCUGAAGAUACAGCAAGCCGGCCUCAAGUUAAACUCGACGCCCUAAACAUGGGAUUGGAUGCAGUUAUCGUUAAAAAUGGCACACGCGUCUGUGGAUCUGGUGCAGUUCUCGCUUCCGCCCCGAUUAUGCAGGAUAAGGCUUAUUUUGAAGUGAAGGUUCAGUCUGAUGGGAUCUGGGGGUGUGGCGUGGCCGCAGAACAGUGUGACCUAAACAAAGUCCCUACUACUGACAAGUCGUGGAUGCUGACGUCGGAGAGGACAAUUCAAAAAGAAGGGACAGAUGUAGAAAGCGUCGAUGAGAUUUGCGAGGGAGAUGUGAUCGGAGUCACUUAUGACCACGUCGAGUUGCAGUUCUACCUCAAUAGCAAUCCUCUAGGGAAUCCCGUAACAGGAAUCCGAGGAAAAAUCUACCCAAUUCUGUACGUCGAUGAAUCCGCCAUCUUAGACGUUGAAUUCGUCCAUUUCCGAAACAUGCCUCCUUCCGGCUUUGGCCAGAUUAUAAAGUUUCCUCCAGUCAAUCCAAUUAUGCCAGAGAAAGAUGAAAAACCCGUCACUGCCGAAAAACAAGAACUCAUUGAUCUCUACAAGCAAAAAGUUGAGCUACAGAAAUGCCUGAUGGACUUGGAAAAGCAAAUCUAUGGUUUCGAAGAAGGAUAUCUAAAUGAUACGAGAGACUUUGGAAAUGUUGUCAUCGGUUGGGAAAAUUUCAACGCUGAGUCGAACAGAAACAGAAACAAGGUUGACAAAAAACAUACUGCCAAAAGAAUUAGAAAUUCUGAACGAAUCUUCAGCACGUCUAGCGUUACGUCUUUUGAAGUCAACCCAUCGCUGAAGGAAAAAGACACAGACGAUGAAGGGCAAAUCGAUGAAAACCCCAAGAAAAAGAAGAAAAAAGCCGCUUAA